CGUCACUUCCGUUACAAAUUCUGAUGGGUCGCCAAAUCUGAUAUUCCUAGCACCGCCCCUCCCAUCUUAUUGAACGAUCUACUCCAGUUUGAGCCUAUCACUCUCUCGUGCGUUUUCGCUGGUUUUCUGACCUCAUCCCUGUGCGCCUCUACACGUGCUGUCGUCAUUUGAGAGCGCUAGAGCGGCAACGCCAUGGGAAGCGACUUCUACCUCCGGUAUUAUGUGGGACACAAGGGAAAGUUCGGGCACGAGUUCUUGGAGUUCGAAUUCCGGCCGGACGGUAAACUUCGAUAUGCCAACAACAGUAACUACAAGAAUGAUGUUAUGAUCAGAAAAGAGGCUUAUGUACACAAGAGUGUGAUGGAGGAACUGAAACGAAUCAUAGAUGACAGUGAAAUCACAAAGGAAGAUGAUGCACUGUGGCCCCCACCUGACAGAGUUGGUCGACAGGAGCUGGAGAUCGUGAUAGGAGAUGAGCAUAUAUCCUUUACCACUUCCAAAAUCGGUUCCCUUAUAGAUGUGAACCAGUCCAAGGACCCCGAAGGAUUAAGAGUUUUCUAUUACCUUGUUCAAGACCUAAAGUGUCUGGUCUUCAGCUUGAUUGGACUUCACUUUAAAAUCAAGCCUAUUUAGUUCUCUGAGAGGACAGUGCAAUUUUAUUUUAUUUACAUUGGAUGUGGAUCUAGGGUUUUUUAUGUGUCGUUCUUUUGUUUUUACUGAUAUGACUUUAAUAAAAAUGUUUACAAAAUUC